AUGCUCGCUCGGUCACUCCUUCUCACUGCCCUCGCAGGGUCCUCCAUGGCUCAGCUAUUGGUCAACACCAUCUCUUCUUUGAUCGUCUGUCAGCCUGCUCUCAUCACAUGGAGUGGUGGUACGGCCCCGUACUUCUUGGCCGUCAUCCCCGGUGGUGACCCUUCCGGGAUUGCGCUCAAAAACUUCCCGCAGCAAUCUGGCACUCAACUCACGUGGGACGUCGAUAUUGCCGCGGGCACGAGCGUGACGAUCAAGAUCACCGACUCGAGCGGAGCGGUCAACUAUAAUUCUCAAGUCACUAUUCAGCCCGGAUCCACCACGGCAUGUAUCGGUCAAGACGACGCUUCGGGCGGAGCCGCUGCAGGUGCUGCCGCUGCCUCUGGAGCAAGUGGUGACUCGACUGUAUCAGGAACCAGCGCUGGAUCUGUUGUCGUCUCAAGUGCGGUCGCGUCUGGUUCGUCCGCUGCUGCUGCUUCUCGAUCAUCCGCGUCCGCUGCCAAUGCUGUUGCUGCUCAAUCUGCUUCUGGAAGCCGACCUGCAUCCGCCAGUACCUCGAGAACUCCUUCAAGUUCCAACUCGGCGGCGUCUGGAUCGACGACUAGUGGUGCUGCUCUCCCUCUCGCCAUAUCCAACAAGGCCACACCGCUCAUUGCCGUGAUCGGAGCCGUGGCUGCCAUGAUCGUCUAGGGCUAGGAACGGGCUCGGACCUGAUGUCAUUUAUAGAACAGUCGUGUCCAAUCUGUUCCAAUGUUCCAUUGUAGCCAAUCACUCCCGCAUGUACCUAUUCACCUCAUCCCUCUCGGUGCGACUCCGUGGAAAUGUCGGGAAAAGCCAAAACGCCGACGUGAAAUCUAUCUCAGGCGUAUAGAGUUCCGCUUUUCGCCCGCUAUGCGAUCUCUCACCCCCUUAGUGAGGGACAGUGAGUGGCUUGAGAAGGAUUUUUUGAUCACCCGCUGGAAUACUGGAGAAACACUAUUGCUGGCGUCAGAUUCUCUGGAUUGACAAGGUGCCAGCGGGACGGUUGUGGGCUGCUCGGGUACUGGUAAACCCACAAAAGGAUUUUCCCUCUGAAACUUGUCUCUCGUCGCCUCAAG